AUGGAAUGCCUUUUGCGGCGCAAGUGGAGUGUGGCGGUCUUGGGCUGCUACGCAAUUUUCGGUUUCGUGGGCUUCCUGGGCUCCUCGCUCCCUUCGCUUUCCAUCUGGUGUUUUUGGUGGGUCGGAGCCUGCUUCUCGGAGUCCCAGCGGCACUGCGCCUUGAUGUCUCUCUGGCUGCCCACGGAGAUCGAGAUGCAUCACUUCGCGCUGAGGAGCCGUGAGGAGUUCGCAGAGAGGAGGAGCUGGGUCAUCCAGGCGGACGGCCAUGACGUGGAGGCAGAGUUCCGCCUUAGGGACGACAUCAACUCCGCCUGCGCGGCACCGCAGCGCAUCCGGCGCUUUGUGCCGAGCUUGAAGGCUCAGAGGGCGCUGCCUUGGUCGGAGCGGAAGGCUUUGUACGAGAAGCCUGCAGCCUUCUCACGCAAGCACUUUCUCACAGCAUUGGCGGAGGUCAACUUGGUCACGCCGGAAGACGAUUAUUUGCUUGAAUGGAUCGACUUCCAUUUGCUUGUCGGGUUUGACUACUUUGUGAUUUAUGAUGCCAAGAACCUCACCAGCACAAGACAUGCACUGGAGGAGUACAUCUCUCAUGGGUAUGUGGAGUUAGUGCCAUGUCGAGUGGAUGCAGCAGGCAAUUGUUUGCCUGUGGAGCAACUAUCGAGAUCUGGAAAUCAGGAGUUUGACUGGAGGAGAUAUGCCGUUCUGAAAAUCGCAAAGGAGAGAUCAACGCAUUGGAUCGCCUUGAUGGACAUCGACGACGAGUUCUUCUUCCCACGGCGCUUUGCAUCCUUGAGAGACAUUCUUGUACCGGAAUCAGAACCAGCCGGUAUCAAUGGCUUCUUCAUUUGGCAACUAAACUUUGGAUCAUCGGGUUGGCAAACAAGACCUGCUCAACUGCAGAUAGAAGCAUACAGCCGCAGUGCUUCUCAAAGGGACUGGAAUGGAAAAAGCAUCGCCCAAGCCGAUGCUUUGGUUCUCAAUGGAACUUUGGCCUACAAGGGCAAUCCCCAUCUCUUGUUGUCAGGGAGUGAGCCAGGAGUGAAACGCUGCGACGCUCACAUGCAGGAUUUUCAAGGCAAAGUUCAUUGCAUUGAGAACCCUGCGCGGAUGUUCGACGUUGUCGGCAUUGGUUUAUGCCUGGCCAACUUCCUUGUCUUUGCCGCGCUGGGGGCAGCUCCUUGCAUUCUCCGGUCCCUGGCAGAUACCGGGCGAGUUUUGAAGACGAGCUGA